AUGUGGAACUGUUGUGCCCGUUUCGAUUGUGACCCGGCUCGUCAGUACUCUGAGCGGGGGAGACACCAACACAAGCAGAAGGUUGUGGUGGUCGGGAUCGCGAACCCCUUCAUCUGGGUCCGAACCCGUAUCUACCUCUUCCUUAUCCGAACUUACUUCGACAAAGAGUUCAGCAUUGAGGAGUUCACGGAAGGAGCCACACAGGCUUUCUCACACGUAUUGCUGUCUCAUUGCAAGUUCGAGGCUCUUGAAGGAUUAGUAGCUAAAGAUCUAAUAGGGAAACUUGAGGAAAAAUGCGCUCAGUUGUCUUUGAGCCACCAGAGGGCGCUGUCAGCCAAAUCUGAUGAGUUCAUGCACACAACAACAGGAGAUGUGGGCAUUCACUAUGAUGACAGCGGAAGAAAGUAUGUAAGUAUUUUGAUGCGUUUUUGGUACUUGAUGAGUGCCAGACUUCCUGAUGAGAGUAUGGAGGGAGCAAGAAUAUUCCAGGUUGUCAUUGGUGGAGAGGGAGAGAGACCAGAGACCAAGAGAUUGCUGACAGCCAAUUAUGAAUUCCAAAGGGAGUUUACCCAGGGUGUGACUUCAGAUUGGAUCAUCACGAGGAUAGAGCACUCAAAGAUUCUUGACUAA